AUGGACGACCCCGCGUUCGAUGUCGGCGGCGGCGUCGCGCUAAUCACGGGCGCGAACCAAGGCCUCGGAUUCGAAAUGGCGAAGCGGAUCGCGCAUAUGCCGCGUGUGAAUAAGGUCGUGUUGGCGUGCCGCAACGAGCAGCGCGCGAACGAGGCCAGGGAGAAGCUGCAAGGGUUGUUCGCGGACACGUCCUUCGAAGUCAUGGUCAUGCUCGUCGACACCGAGGACACGACCUCGUGCCGCGACUUUGGCGCGAAGUGGACCGCGAUCGUGAACGCGCCCGUGGACCUGUUCCUCAUGAACGCCGGCGGAAUGGGCGGCCGCGACGCCUCGGACAUCAUGCAACCCUCGGGAAGCACGCGAAUCUUUGCCAUGAAUGUGCUGGGUCACGCGGAGAUGUUCGACGCCCUGUCCCGCGCGAACAUGCUCUCCCCAAAGUGCAAGGUGGUGUACGUGGGGAGCGAAACCGCCGUCGGCAUGGGGCCGUUCCCGAAGCCCGACUUGAGGGACGUCGACAACAUCGCCGCGCACAUCUCCAACACGUACAACGACCCCACCGGUGCAACUAAAAUCAAGUGGAUCGGCCCGGGGAACAUGGGGCAGUCCGGGUACGGCACCUGCAAGGCCAUCGCCGCGCUUUACUUUAGCGCGCUCGCGAGAAAGCACCCGUCGAUGAAGAUCAUGACCGUCUCCCCGGGAGGCACGCGGGGCACCAACGCGCACGCCAAGUCCGGUUGGUUCUUCGGGAAUCUCAUACCGUUCAUGAUGGUCGUGUUUGGCGUCGGGCACCCGCUGGCGAAGGGCGCGGAACGGCUUCAGUACGGGUUUUUCGUGGACGAGGAUCCGUACGUGUCCGGGGCUUUCGUCGCGAGCAAAGCCAUCGCGCCGCCGGUGGGCAAGUGCGUGGAUUACAGGUCGUUCAAAAAGACCGAGAACGUCUUCGGGGAUGAGAAACUGCAGGACGCGGCGUACGAGGCGGUCAGGAGGUUCAUGCGGUGA